UACAAUACUUCAAAUAUGGCUGCCGUACAUCGAGAGGCUAUCCAAAAACAAAUUCAACAAGACUGGGCAAAUCGAGAAUACAUCGAAGUUAUAACUGGUAGCAUCAAAAAGAUAACUGACUUUCUCAAUUCCUUUGAUAUGUCUUGCAGAUCAAGAAUAGCUGUUCUCAACGAAAAACUUACAACUCUAGAAAGAAGAAUCGAAUAUCUAGAAGCAUGUGUUACAAAAGGGGAAACGUUAACCUAAAUUAAUCAUAGUUCAGAAUUUUUGUAUUUAUUGAAAUUAUAUAUGAAUAAAUAUACAAUAAACGUGACUACA